AUGAUUAGAAAUUCAAUUAAAUCAAUCAAGUUCAAUCCAAUUGUUGUUUCAAGAACAACAAGAUUUGUUCAUUCUUCAUCAAGAACUUUCGCUAAAGGUGAUUCAUCAACCAUUGACUCAUAUAGAUUACCUUCACAAACAUCUAUUAAUGAAUGGGAGUUUAAAUAUGAUUUCAUUCCUAAAACUUCUGAACCAAAAGUUCCACCAUUGACUAAAGAAGCCGUUAAACAAGAUAUUGCUCAUGAAAAAGCCAAAUCAGUGGAAAGAGAAAUGUUUGCUAAGGAAAGUAAUUCUUCAAUUAAAGUUGAAGCUAAUGAUGCUAAAGUGGUACAUGGAGGUGAAAGUGUUACUGCUGAACCGGUUUUGAAAGAAGAUACCGGUAGUGCUCCAAUUGAUGUUUCUAAACCAAAUAUUAAUUCUACUAAACCAAAGAAAUCGGCUAAUCAUGAAAAAUACGUUCAAUCAUCAAUUAAUCCCGAUAUCAAUUCUGGUAAUGUUGUUAAUUUGAGUGAAGGUGAAGUUGAUCAUAAGACUGAGUCUGUUGAUAAACAAAGUCCUGUUGUGGAAGAUAUUGAACAUGAUAAUUUGACCAAUCAAGGUGAAACUAAGAAAGAAUCAAGUGGUGCUGGAUUAGGUAUCUUUGCUUUGUUAGGUUUAGGUGGUGCAGGUUACUAUUACUAUUCAUCUACUUCAAAAGAGUAA